GGGACCUGACUCUCGCGAGAUGUUGGCGGGGGGGUGGAGCGGCCGCCGCCAACAUCAUCAUCGUCGUCGUCGUUGACGGACGGGCGUCGGUCGGAGUCGGAGCGUCGCCGGGAAAGAGCCGCUGAGUGGCUAAAACGAUGUCCCUUCAACCAUGGGCCAAAAAAUCUGCAUCUGCUCUCGUGGGAUAAUCACCAUCGACAAUAAGCGUUACUUCUUUAUUCAAAAUCUGGACGAAGGGGGUUUCAGCUAUGUGGAUCUGGUGGAGAGUGUUCAGGACGGCAAGUUCUACGCCUUGAAACGCAUCAUCUGCCACGACAAAGAGGACCGGAAGAAUGCUCUCACCGAGGUGGAGAUGCACCGAAUGUUCAGCCAUCCAAAUGUCCUGCCCCUGGAAGGGUACAGCAUCGUGGACAAAAGUCCAAAGUGUGAAACUUGGCUGCUCCUGCCCUACAUUCAGAAUGGCUCACUUUGGGCAGUGCUUGAGAAGUUGAGAGAUGCUCAUAACUUCAUGCCUGAAGAGCAGAUCCUGAACAUCUUUCUAGGACUUUGCAAGGGACUGAAGGCCAUCCAUGACAAGGGCUACGCGCACAGGGAUGUGAAGCCCACCAACGUUCUCCUAGAUGACAAUCAGCAGCCCAUGCUGAUGGACCUGGGAUCGAUGAACAAAGCAAAAAUUGAAGUCAAAGGGUCACGGGAAGCUAUGACAAUCCAGGACUGGGCAGCACAGCGAUGUACCAUAUCCUACCGAGCUCCUGAGCUCUUUACUGUGGAAAGUCACUGCAUUAUAGAUGAGCGCACUGACAUAUGGUCCCUGGGAUGUGUGCUGUACGCAAUGAUGUUCCUGGAAGGACCGUACGAUGGUGUCUUCCAGAAAGGGGAUUGUGUCGCUUUGGCUGUACAAAACCCAAUAACCAUUCCAGAAAACUGCAGGUACACACAGUCUCUGCAACAUCUGCUAAGCUCUAUGAUGGUUGUUAACCUCCAAGAGAGACCGAAUAUAUCCUGGGUGUUGAACCAGACUGAGCAACUGCAGCCCGCGGGAUCCGUCCAGGAGACCAAAAUUGUCUGAUCUUGGCCGUGCUAACCUGGAGGGGCUCCAUCUGUUGAAUUUAUCAUCUAUCAGACUUGCACCAUUUCUCCACGGGGGGGUAAAGCGCCGAACAGCCUACCUUCAGCAUGUCUGUCACCAGGGCAGGACCCUGUGAGAUCCCACACCAUCUUCCACUCAACGUUCUUUCGAUUUUCGAUGGGGAAAUCGACUGGAUGAAAUCGCACAUUCUUCAACACUUUCCCUCAGGAAUUGGCUGCUUCUUUUGUUCCGUUCUUCCUCUCGUCUCAUCAUCAUAGCCACUGAAUCACUCUGUAGCUGCUAUGAUUCCACACAUACAUUAUGCGCACGACGUCCUGGUGGAGAAAUGGUCUCGCCGUGUGUGAGAGACUUGAACUUUUUUUCCCUUUCAGUCACGGUCCUGGAGAAUAAUUCCGCCAGCGUUCACCAGCUAUGAAGUUAUGGCAACUGGAGUGCACUGAUCCCGACUGCACUCUCGGGGGAUAAGUGAAAGAGUGGCCUUGCAAUGCUAAACUCUGCACAAGCAGUGCAAAUAGGGCACAAUUUAUGUAGGUAGACUUCAACAGCAAACUCUGCUUCCUGGUUGUUAGUUCCAGAGAACUAACUGAAUAAGGAUUAUACUUCAAUGACAAGUGUGGAAACCUCUCAGCUAUCUUUUGCACUUCAUCCUUGCAAACUCCACCUGGUCCUGCAUAUAGAGGUUAGGGGUUGGUUUUAAUUUGUGUUGCAUGCUUACUUUGGGACCCUAAGGGUCAUGGCAACCAUCUCUCUAAUAUUUUGCAAGUCUUUUUUUGAAUUGGAUAAGGUCUUUUUUUUCACCCCCUAUCUUUCACCCCAAAACCCUUCCCCACUUGCACAGCACGACUAAGUUCUGGACUUGAAAUCAGCGCAGUGAUUCUGGUUUCAGAAUGAGCAAGUGUGAAUCCAGCCACGGCUCAGCAAACUGCGAGGAAGUUGAGCCUAGGAUCUCUUCAAAUCCUGCCAAACAGGAAAGGAAAGCAGAUAGAUCGAAGACGAACCAGGGGCGGCUCGGUGGCACAGCGCUAGAGUUGCUGCCUCACAGCGCCAGAGACCCGGGUUCGAUCCUGACUACGAGUGCUGUCUGUACGGAGUUUGUAGGUUCUCCCCAUGACCGCGUGGAUAUUCUCUGAAAUCUUCGGUUUCCUCCCACACUCCAAAGACCUGCAGGUUUGUAGGUUAAUUGGCUUGGUAUAAGUGUGAAUUGUCCCCAAUGUGUGUAGGGUGAUGUUAAUGUGUGGGGAUCGCCACUUGGUGUGGACUCGGAGGGCCGAAGGACCUGUUUCCGCGCUGUAUCUUUUUUAAAAAAAAACGAAUUUUCCUCAAUGCUGCACCACCCUUACAGGAAAUACCACCUCCAACUCUGUUCACUCCUUUCUGCGGGAGCUUCUUUAGACCGAUCCCUGCCACUUUACGAGCAUUUAUUCCACGUAUGUUCAAGUUUAACAGCCAUGUCUUUUGGGAAUGCCCACUUGCCCGUUUGCCACCUACGAUUGAUUGAGUCAUUUCCACAAACAGAAGUGCGAAAGCUUUCAGUCAAACUUUUCUGCAGAAAGCUUUCAGUUCCUUGUUGGAACUUGUAUGCGCAGAGGCCUGUUAGUAGUUAACAUAUUUCUUCCUUCUGCUACAUUGCACUCCACCCUCUGAACCUCGAUCAGUUCUAAGCAACAGUGUAUUGAACGCUAGAAAAUAGCAGGAGUGGGCCACCUGUUCUACUAUUCACAAUAAUCAUGGCUUUUCUGCCCCAAACUUCAAUACCUUUAUCAGUGCCAAUUCCACGUUACUCUCAAUUCCUUGGUCUUUCAAAAAUGUAAGUAACUCUUCUUUUUAAAUAACUUUUAAAUAUCUUUUGAAUUAACUUUUAAAAGGGCGGCAUGGUGGCGGAGCAGUAGAGUUGCUGCCUUGCAGCGCCAGAUGUCGUGGUUCAAUCUUGACUACGGGUGCCAUCUGUACGGAGUUUGUGCGUACUCCUCGUGACCUGUGUGGAUUUUCUCUGGGAGCUCCAAUUUCCUCCCAUAUUCCAAAUACGUGCAGGUUUGUAGGUCAAUUGACUUUGGUAAAAUUGUAAAUUGUCCCUAGCGUGUGUGUGUGUGUAGGAUAGUGUUGGUGUGCGAGGAUCACAGGUAGGCGCAGACUCGGUUGGCCGAAGGGCCUGUUUCCGGACACUGCAUCUCUAAACUAAACUACAUCUGAAAAAAGGAUUGAGAUGCAGAGCAUGUUUAUCAGUGCCUAUGUUUUUAAAAAAAAGGUGAGCAGCAUGGUGCUGUGAGCCAUCAGAGGCCUGCAUAGUUGAUUAGUCUUUCUAUUUUGGCUCGUAUGGAGGAUCUAGAAAAUGGAGAGGAAGAGACAUUUAUCUUAUUUUAUUUUAAUCAUGGAGUGACAUAUUUUCUAAAGGGCUCGUGAUUACUUGCUGCCUUUAAUUAUUGGACGAAAUGUGAGUAGUUUUUAAUGUGGAGCAGGCGGAUAGAGGUACUAAAUGCUGCAAACGACAAUUCCCAAUUCAGCUUAAAAAUGCAGUGUAAAUUUAAAGAAGGAAAACCUUAGGACUUUAACGUACAAUGGAUGUUGCAAUGGUGCUAUGGAAGCCAAACUCUGUGCAGUUGUUGUAUGUAGUGAACAGGAACUGUACCAUUUACUGUAUGGGCUUUUCCAUAAUGUUUCAAUGUGUUGCAACACAGCUCUAGAUGCCCGGGUUCGAUUCUGACCUCGGGUGCUGCCUAUGUGGAGUUUGCACGUUCUCCCUGUGAUUGUAUCCCAAAGACGUGUGGGUCUCUAGGUGAAUUGGCUUCUGCAAAAUUGCCUCGCACGUGUAGGGAGUGGAUGCGAAAGUGGGGAUAACACACAGAACUAGUGUGAGCGGGUGAUCGCUGGUCGGCGUGGACUCGGUUGGCCACAGGGCCUGUUUCCAUGCUGUAUCUCUAAAAUUAAAUCUAUUAUAGAGUAAUGAAGCAGAGAAGGAAGCCAUUCAUUCACCUUUGCGACCCCACUUUGAAAGAGCCUUGUAAUUAGUCCUAUCCCCAUUAAAUCAGGUUCUGUUAACUCGAUAAAAUGUCUCACAAUAUUAGAAGCUGGGAGUAUUUUGUACAGUCACCAAUAAUGCUGCAUCAUUCAGCAAGAUCGUCGACAACCCAUGUAGCUCUGCAUUUUCCUGCCAGAACCCAAUAUCCACUGUGAUUCACUGUGUCUAGCAAUUGAUCGAUCGCAACCUUGGAAGUACUCGACGACUACUCUCUGCGGUAGACAAUUCUGAUCGUUUUCAAACGCCUGCCCAAAAAUCAGGAUUAGAGGGAGAGAGAGCACAGGACCAUUCAGGUUUAUUUUCACACUUUAACCUUCAGCAUUGGCAUUGCUGGCAUCACUUCAGACCAAAGAAAAUGCUGAACUUUUCAAUAUUAUAUCACCAGUGCAAUUAUUUAUGCAUCUUCUUUCAGAAGUCAACCGAGUAAUCUUUUCAUACUUGUAUGCUGUCUGUGGGAUUUUUGCUUGACACAAAAUGGGCAACAUUUGUCUGUCCACCAAAUCAUAGGGAUAUUGUACAAAGCAAUAUAGUGUCACUGCCGUCAUUUGUUGGCACAAAGUCAUUAUUGUAAAUUAUUGGGCCAAUUGUAUUUGAUCUGAUUCCAUUGUUAUAGCAUCAGUAGAUAAAGUCACUUUUUUUUGGAUGUUGUAAUUCCUCAAGAGCCGCAUUAUAGGAUUUUGGUUGCUUUUUGAAUUUAAACUCCCCAUUGAUGCCUUGUCCUAAUUUUUCUAUAAUAUCCUGUGUGUGUAUGUGUGUAAUCGAUGUGUUCUGUCUGCUAUCCAGUUAUUUGCAUGUCUUUAAGAUAAAAUAGUCUGAAAUUGUUUGUUGAAUACAUUGUGCUGCU